CUCCGGCGAGCGAUGAUGGCCUGCUUCGGCCCCCUUCUGCUGCCCCCGAGGCCGCCCCCGGCGCGCAACACCAACAACGCCUCCGCCCCCAACAAUGCAGGCAACAACAAUCGACUCGCUCGGCGAAGGAGCUCGAGCACCUGCAGACCUCCCCUGCCACCUGCCCUGCCCACCCUGUCCUCCACCUACCUGAGUUUCGACGACGAGGUCGAGUUCGAGGAAAUCAUCCCCAGGUCGCCGCCAGUCUCGUUCUACGACCCCGCCCCUCCCCGCAGCUUCUCCCUGCUGCACAGGUCGCACUCGGAGGGCAAUUUGCGCAACCUGGGCACAGGUUUGCCGGUGCAACGGACCUUCAACAAGUGCAUUCGCGCCCUCAGUGGCAGCUGGAAGAACUUGCUGCAAGGGCUGAACAAGCCCAUCGAGCAGCCCAAGGGGUCACCGCUGCCCCCGCGUAGCCCUCCAAACCUAAACCUCAAUAAUCUGCUCAAUUCACCUUCAGCCACCGUGGGCGGAAUGAGUCGGCCGCCGAACAAGCAGCCGGCCCAGGUGAAAAAGGUGGCCCCGCCGUCCGUACCUGAAGUCUACCGCCAUUCCGGGAGCAGUUUUGGCUCGGCGGGCUACAGCAGCAGCGAGGAUGGCUGCUUUCUGCCGCCCCCGGACCCCAGUUUACGAGAAGAGCCGCACUCGGGACCAGGAGACCCUGCGUUCGCCGGCAUCCAGGGAAAGUCGCCGGGCGCCCAGUUCAACUAUCCGGCCUUCACUUUUCCAGGCCCCCAGCAAUUCACGCAGUUGUCGGCGCACACGGCGGCCAAAGCGUCCUUCUUCCACCAGCAAGAGGACCAGGGCAUCGACAUGACUCAGAGUCCUGGAAGAGAUAGUCCCGGAUCUUCAGGGUCUGGUUCGAGCAGCGGCGGAUGUCGCCACAGCACGGCCAGCUUGGACAGUGGACGCGCCUCAGGAUACUUGCCCUGCCCAACAAACGCCACCAGGUCCUCAAUGCUGGACAGUCCAAGAUGUUCCCUCUCCUCGUCGUCCAUCGGAAGCGAUCACGCCACCGCCGCCGCCAGGGUUGAAAGACUCCUUAAGCAGGGCGUUCCAGACCAGGAUGCAAUGCACGCUUGGUUGAUGGAUUUGCAUUUUGAGGAAUACUUUCCGUUGUUCGCCAACGCCGGCUAUGACAUGGCGAUGGUCGCCAGAAUGACUCCAGUGGACUUGACUGCAAUCGGAAUCAAGAAGCCAAACCACCGGAAGAAGCUCAAGUCAGAAAUCGCGCAGCUCAACAUUCCCGACGGCCUGCCAGAUUUCAUUCCGGGCUCACUGGAAGAGUGGCUGCGGAUCUUGCGUUUGGAGGAAUAUGGCCACGGCCUGGCCCAGCAGGGCUACAAAACCGUGGAACAGGCGGCCCAACUGGCGUGGGAAGACUUGGAGGACACAGGCAUCGUCAAACUGGGCCACCAGAAGAAAAUUCUGUUGGCCAUCAAAAGGGUCAAAGAUAUCCAGGCGGGCAAAAGACCUCUGCCUGGCUACCCGCACCAGGUGAGCCCGAGCUCAAGGAUUCUCAGAGAUGUGUUGAUCACGACCAUGGGCACUGACUACUCGCAGCAUGAGUGUUUAACGUCCUCCUCGUUCCAUACUUUCCACCGCAUGGCGCCCUCCUUACAGCAGUUCCAACAGUUGCAGCUGCUCCCGCCCGGCGGCACGCCAGGGCCCAACUGGGGCGACCGAAUCCUGCAGGGCGAGCACAUGGGCAAUUUCAACAUGCAGAGGCACCAGUUCGUCACCACCGCCCAAAUCUGCAGCUAUCCCGAGUUUGUGCCCAUCAAGAUUCGAGGCGCUCGGGGAAAGUCCCUGGAGAGUCUGGAGGGUCAAGAGGAACAGCCGAGCUACACGACUUUUGGUGCUACCGAAGUUCAGAUCCAUCCGAGGCCAAUGGUGCUGGCGCCUGGCCCUGGACCUGCCUGCUGGCGGCCCCGCAGCUACGACGAUGGGGACAUCACGCCGACCAAUGAGGUCGCAAUGGCCGCUUUGCAUGAGGGAGGAGGAACCCUUCCCAGGCCCAGGGGAAUGGCCAAGCCAAGACCUGUGGCAAAGGUGAUGGCAACAAGACCGCAGCCAAAUGAUCAGUUUUGCAAACAGGAAAUCAAAUCAAUACCUCCACCGCUGUCCUACAAAAGCCUGCCAAGAGAAUUGACUGAGCGCGAGAAAUAUUUUGUCCAGUUCGAUGCCUCAUGUCAAAGACUACCUCCUCCGUCGCCCCCAAAACGGUUCCCCAGACCAGGUGAUGGAAUGGACCAUCCCGUGAUGACUUCAGAGCAGAAUGGAAUCACCGCUGCCAGGCAACAGCUAGAAGCCCUGACCCUGGCCAGCAACAGGCAGCAGCCCCCACAUCAGGGCUGGGACAUGCACGAGACUGAACUCAUUGGCAGCCUUGCCAUGCAGCAGAAUAGGAAUGGCUCUGAUGCCAGUUUUAAGUCAAGCUCAAGCACCGAGUCUGAUUCCUUGCCAUUUGCAAAUGAAAAUGCUGGGACGAUAAAGCAGCGGGCAAACAGACCAAUGCCUCCUAAUCCAGAAUUUUCAUCCCCUAAAAGGGUGCAAAAGUCGCAGUCUGUUCAGGAACCAAGUCCACUUUCAUACAGUAGGCCCGACGAAGGCCAGGAGCCAGCCGACGUUCUCAAUGACAUCGGCAACAUGUUAGCUAACCUGACAGAUGAGUUGGAUGCCAUGUUAGAAGAGGAGAAGAGGCAAGGUCUCGGGGGACAAUGAGCACCAUCACUGCCUUCACAGCCGACGACCUUAACACUCUCAGCACCCCUUUCUGAAUUAAAACACUAAUUUUUUUCCAUUACACACAUUUUAAGUAAAGAAAAAACCUUUUGGGCUUUUGGAUGUUUUGUGUUGGCCUUGCUGUGGGUUUCAUUGUGAUGUGAAUUUAUCGACAAACCGCCCGAUUUCAGCCGGCCACGCUUCUUGAGUAUAUUAAAAGUUCCAAAGAUCGAUGUAUAAAUACAUAAGUUUUGGCGAGUCCGGAAGCGAUGAAUUAUUUAUGUUUGUCUCAACUUGUAUGGGUGUUGUUUACGGCAAGAAGAAAUUUUUUGCGCAUUCCGUAUCACACGCACGGCUUUGUUUACUUACUAAGGAACAAUUUCUAACUCUACAAAAAAUAUAAAAAACACUUUCCAAAUUUAUACUUUGUCAAAGUUUUCUACUACUAUCGUCGCCUGCGGAAUACAAACAUUUUUCUCAAUCAGGAAUUGUGCCAUAAAACAUCAUUUUUAUAUGGUUUGAAAAAAUUUUCAAUAAUAAUUACUCACUGGUUUUCUCCGCUAACCAAAGUGAAAAGUGUACGACGGUAGACUUUGUACAGAAAUUAACAUGAAAAAAAAACACUAUGCUGGGAGAUCCAGUGACGCCUGCCUCAAUUGAAGGAAAUUUCAAAAGAAGUCUUUUUUGUACUUUUUAAGUUUUGUUGUUUUCCAAAUAUAACUUUGCCCCCUUGUGACAUCUUGUAUAAUGUCUUAGUUGUAAAAUCCAUUGCAUUAAAUUAUAUUAGGGUCUAACUUUAAUGGAAAUAAUAAACUCUAGGAAUGUACAAUACACAUAAUGACGAGAUGUAAAUAGCUGCUAAAUUACUUGAUAAUAUAAAGACUGGUGUAUCUAAUCCUACUGGAUAUUUCCAUUAUUGUUGUUGCUUACAUGAUUAAAAUUAUAAAUAUAUAUUUAUAUUCACGGAAAAAAAUUCUUUGGAGCCUCUCGUGCAAAAAGAGACGUUCGCACACGCAGCCACUUUUUAUUGCCCGUCACCCUUUGUUGUUGUGAAAUAUAAUGCAAAAAUUCACUCACACCCCUCUUUCUCGGUAUGGCUAAUUUAGAUAACAAGAGUCUUUGUAAUUUAAUGUAAAAAUUUAAAAAAAAAAAUCAUGUCCAUCUGAGCAAGGCGUAAGAAAAUCAUAGGUACACAGCAAUGUGAAAUGCAUAAUAAUAUUAUUUUUACUAUUAACCAAUGGUGUAAAUGAGCAACAGCUGCUUGGAAAAAAAGUAUGUUAUGUAGCACAACUCUGUUUAGAGCAGCUCAUUGUAAAGAAGAGAUGGAAUAAAAUAUAAUUAUGAUUAA